AUGCCGCGCCACCCAGUGAAGACGGCGGAGAGGCCGAGCACACGCCUAGAACGGGCGGCCUCCCCAGACGUCCGAGGACGGAGGGAAUCUGAGCAGACCAAGUACCAGAAGAUUGAGAUCGGCUGUCGAAAACCUCACGAAGGAGAGUGCGGGCGCUGGCGAGUGGCAGAUGGGCCGCCCUCACUGCCGGCUCUGUGCGCGCUCCCGCUGGCCCGGGCUGCUCCUACGCAUGGGGCCGCGGCCUUCCCCGGGCAGCUCUCCCGAAGGGGCAGCCGCCCCCGGAGCCGAGUGUUUCUGUUCCACGCAGAAGCCCCCGGCCCUGUGUCGCUGGGGUCUGAGCCUGGCCAGGCUUUUGCACCACUGGCCUCUGUGGCUGACACCUGCGGCCUGAAGGUGCUCUGGGGGGGCGGGGGCCGGGGCGCCCGAUGGAGGGGGGCAGCCGAUGGGGCCCGCGAGCUGACCCUUCGAGAAGGGCGGUGGCCUGGCCAGGACAUGCGUCCACACCGGGACAGCGGGGGCCUGUCCAGCCACAACCUGCAGGCCCCUGCGUGCCUCCCCCACGCUCCCCACCUCCCUCUCCUCAAGAAGCUGUGUGAAGACGACCCGUUUGCACGCGCGUCCUCGCACGCCGUCCUCGCGCUCCGUGUCAUCAGCCUGGCGCACACGAGCGCUGUGUCAGGGAGAGCACAGGCCCCCGCGCCCGCCGACCUGUGUGCUUCCACCGCGGGGCGCCAGCAGGGUGGCCUGUCUCGCGGUGCAGAGCCUCGCUCUCGGGGCAGGGCCGCGGCCCCGGGGGUCCUGCAGGGCCGAGGCGCCGCCAGGUCCUGGCCCGUCUGGACGCCUGCACAGGCGCGGGGAGCCCUGGCCGGCCGCACAGGCCCGCGCCCGCAUUCGCCACCCCGGGACCCUUCUCUGCCCUGCCUGGCCGCGCCGCUGCGGCCGCUUUGUGAACCAACCCGGGGCCUCGGCCCGAAGCGGAACACAGCCCGGGGGCGAAGUCCGACAGCGCAAGUGGGAAGCUGGAGCGCGGGGGGGCACCGGGUCGCACUCGCACGCUCGGGUGUGCGGAGCCGGCAGCCUGGCGGCGGGUCGGACAGCACCCCUGAGCUCGGCUCAGCUGAGGCCCGCUACGGCCUCACGGCCGGCGCCCCCACGCGAGCACACCUGGCCCUGGGGCAGACGCGGCCGCGGGCCCUCAGCUGCGUCAGCGCGGGAGGAGCGAGGCGGCAGGCCCUCAGCAGUGUCGGUGCAGGGGCGCACGGGGCCCAGGGAAAGGGGCGCGGCAGGACGGCGCAGGCACAGCUCAGGCCCGGAAACCGCCUCGGGGAAACACUGCGAGGCCCAGCCCGCUUCGGAAAGCAGCGGACACGGCGCCGAGGACGGCCAGGAGCGCGGCCAGGCCGCCGCUGGGACCGGGGAGCAGCGUGGGGGGGGGGGCGGGGU